AUGGCCAUCGCGGAGUACGUCGAGUUCAUGGCCGGCGGCGGCCGCGGCCCGGGCGGCGACGAGCUGCGGCGCAGGGCCAGGGACAGCCUGCUCUCCUCCGGCUGGACCUUGUACAAGAAGGCCAAGUGCGACGGCCGCCAGGAGCUCCGCUACCAGGCGCCCCACGGCGCCUCCUACAUCUCCCUCAUCGUCGCCUGCAAGAAGUUCCAGCAGUUCAGCACCGCGCCGCCGAGGAGUAGGACGAGCGGCAAGCCGGGUAUGAAGAGGAAGAGCGCGGCGCCGGAUUGCUCGUCCAGGAAGAGCAAGGAGAUCAAUGCGGAAAAUGGCGGCCGUGAGACGGGUUUUGGCGGCGGCGAGGACGAGCGUGGGCCGGCCGUCCGCAACCCGUUCUCCAGGGAGUGCUGCCUCGCGAAGCACCGGAAGAUGAGGAGGGUCUCCGCGCUCUACGCCGACGACGCCCUCGAGAAAUACGCCGCCAGAAAGAGGAAGAAAGCGUCGUCGGCGCCUCCUCAACUUUGUGCUGCGUCCCCCGCGGCGUCGCUGGUGCGCGUGCUGCGGCCGAGGACCAAAGACGGCGACAAGGCUCAGGCUGCUGCUGCUGCGGCGGCGGCGGCGUGCCAGCCGACCCGCUCAAGGACGAUCAUCGCGGUGCUCAUGGACAAGAAGAUCGUUCCCCCGACGGCCAAGCUGUCCUACAAGCGAACCAGGGACGAGCCUCCGGUCAAGCAGGGCACGCUCACCGCGCAAGGGACCAUACGGUGCGCGUGCGGCUGCGGCCGCAAGUCCUUCACCGUGGCAGAGUUCGCGGCCCACGCCCUCGGCGGCGAGUGCGGCGCCGAGCGGCCGUCGGCGAGCGUGUACCUCAACGACGGCAGGUCGCUGUCGCAGUGCCUGGUUCAGCUGAUGCGUGCCCACGGCGGCGGCGGCAACAAGACCAUGGGCUCGCCGUCGCCGCGCGCGAGGCUGAAGCGCAAAUGCCCGCCCGAGCUGGAGGGCGGCGACUUCGUGUGCUCCGUCUGCGCCGACUUCGGCGACGUGCUGCUCUGCGACUGCUGCCCCUCCACGUUCCACCACGGCUGCGUCGGCCUCGACGCCACCCCGCAAGGGGAGUGGUUCUGCCCCUCCUGCAGGUGCGCCGUUUGCGGCUCCAGCGAGUUCGACCUCGACGCCGACGGCGAGUUCACCGACAAGACGGCGAUCUACUGCGACCAAUGCGAGCGAGAGUACCAUGCCGGCUGCAUCAGGAGCAGAGGCGACCGGCUCGAGUGCUGCCCGGAAGGGCCAUGGCUCUGCAGCCAUGACUGCUCGAACGUUUUCCAGCGUCUGCAAGGACUGGUUGGAAGAUCAAUCCCUACGUCGGUGGAAGGCUUGACCUUCAUCGUAUUGAGAUCGACCAAGCUCCCCGAGGAGGAGGCCAUGGCGGCCGAGGAGCACGGGAAGCUGUGCGCGGCGUUCGACGUGCUCCACGAGUGCUUCGUCACCCUCAUCGAGCCGCAGACAGGGACCGACCUCAGCCACGACAUCGUCUUCAACAGAGAAUCGGAGCUGAGGCGGCUCAACUUCCGGGGGUUCUACGUGGUCGGCCUCGAGAAAGGCGGCGAGCUCAUAACCGUGGGCACGCUCAGGGUGUACGGGAAGAAGGUCGCGGAGCUGCCGCUCGUCGGGACUCGGUUCGCGCAUCGCCGGCAAGGGAUGUGCCGCCUCCUCAUCAACCAACUGGAAAACUUGCUCGGCGAGUUGGGGGUGGAGAGGCUCGUGCUGCCGGCGGUGCCUGAGCUUCUGCAGACAUGGACCGGGUCCUUUGGUUUCCAGGCCAUGAGCCAUUCCGACAAGAUGGAGAUCGCAGAGCACACCGUCAUGUGCUUCCAGGGCACCACAAUGUGCCAAAAGUUCAUCACUGCUGCUGCGGCUCCAUGA